UAGAAGGCGCCUCACGUUAGGUAGCCUUCGCGUUGAUUCCAAACUUCACCAUCCGCAAUCCGCAAUCGCAUAACUUCUCAAACUUCUUAAACUUCACUUCUCUUCUUUUGCCCACUUGCCUUUAUUCCCAAUCCUUUUCACAACCAACCCUCUUAAAUACCUCCAUACUAAUCGCCUCGAGCGCAAUAAGCCUCUACACUCGAGUUACUUACUACCAUAUUUCAUUUUCGAGCUAUUAGUACCUUCUCUACGCUUGCCGUAAGUUCUCACACGUCUUUCCGGUGUGCGUGAAAACCACAGAUUUCUCCAACCAAUUCCCCCAACCACAGCCCCAGGAGCCAGGAGUUAGGAGUUACCACGCAAUCAUUUAUACUUUCUUAUAUGCUAACUAUAAAAGAGAGGCUAGGGAACCCAAAAUUGUCCAAAAUUACAGCUUCUUAGACUUAGAUCGUCUGGUAAAUUCCUUCACACGUAAAACCUAGCACCAUUCACGAUGUCCGGAGAGAACGACAGCGGAAGCCCUGCUGCGGAGCGACAGGAUGCACCCGCCGGCAGCAGCGAGCAUCUCAACAUCAAGGUUACGGAUAACAAUAACGAAGUCUUCUUCAAGAUUAAGCGGUCUACGAAGCUGGAGAAGUUGAUGACGGCCUUCUGCGAGCGUCAAGGCAAGAAUGUUGAUUCCGUGCGCUUCCUCUUCGAAGGACAGCGAGUCCAAAAGAGUGAUACUCCUGACUCGCUGGAGAUGGCGGACGGCGAUACCUUAGAAGUUCACCAGGAACAGGUGGGAGGCUCGUGCCACUGCUGAUACCAAAAAACCUCCCUUUGACUAGCAGAUUGAUCCCGUCAUUGGCAUGAUAUAUGGUUGAAUCAUGGAUUCGGAACGGGGAGGAUUCGAAAGGUUCACCGCAUCUCCCGAUCUAAUGUCAGGUGACGCUGGAAACAACAGGGUCGAUUAUGAACGAGAUCUCUCGUCCCCCCAGGGCCUCUUUACGUGUCCUCGGUGGCCCCCUUCUCCUAAUGCCCUGAGUCGGAGAGCAUCUAUCAUGUAGAUUCUUGCUUUAUGAGCCUUUCAGAGGUAUUUCUUCCAUUAAUUGAGGUGGCAGCUGAUCUCGGAUUAGAGCUGCGAUUGUUCUUCCUACUUUCGUCUCUCUACAUCUCUUGCUAUCUGCGGACUUGUUCUCUGUUUCCGCCUAGGUACCUAUCUUUCACUGUCCCAUACGUGUCCGGACUCCAAGCAGUCCUACUAAUUAUUGGAGUAAAACUGGUUCUCUUAUUUCCAACCCUGUCCCUUUUGAGUUUGUAAUUGAACAAGACCCAAUGCUGUUCGCAAGAGCAAGAAUAAACAAACAUUACUAUAUCACUGAUCAUGCCGACAUCAUAUUAAAGGCUGUGUUAAGAAGAGCCAAUAAGACGCCCAAGGUCUUCAAUAUAAAACAGUUACAAAAACGAUAUCAAGAAGACGAGGAUGAAAAUAAUAG